AGGAAGGAUUUCCCAACCGGAAGCGAUAUUCAUUAACUUCCGGGUCUUCACACAUGUGUGAUCUGCUGCUUCCUAGCAGAUAAACUGAAUUUUUCUUCAUCAUUUAUUUGUUGUUCUACUCGUCAGGAUGCAGUUAUGCAGGGUGUGCAGAGAGCAGACACCGAAAUACAGAUGUCCAGCCUGCAAAAUCAGAUAUUGUUCACUUGUCUGUUACAAGAGGCAUAAAGACACUUGCCUUCCUGCUGAGCAGUCUGCACCUGCUGAUCCUGGAGCUACGGGUUCUUUCAACACUGAGACGUGGUCUGUUGAGGAUCUUCUGCAUGCAGAUGACGUCACUGACAAAGUGCCUCUGCAGAGGCUCCAGCUGUUAGGUCAGUCAAAAGAGCUGAGAGAUCUUCUUUGCAACUCCCAUCUGAGACAGUUACUGAGCUCCAUCGACAGCGCCGACAGCAAAGACGAUGCGAUGAAGGCCGCCAUGCAGGAGCCUCUGUUUGUUGAAUUUUCAGAUCGGUGUUUGAAAAUUGUUGAAAAAAAUUAAGCAAAUCAUCAACAUUCAAUGAAGCUGGUGAUUUGUAAAACUGAACCUGCAUCAGUUUGUCUAUCAGAUCACUUUUGAUUCUAUUUUUUUUUGUAUAAAGUCUUGGUAUCGACAUGUUUUAUAGGAAUUUUUGUUGAUGCAGCUUCCUGUCCUGUGCCUUGCAGUGCUACAGUUUGUAUAUAGUGUUCAAAUAAAAGCUGCAAUGUUUUAAAACAAA